ACCAUAUGUAUUGAUUUUUUUUCCAAAUGAAUUUGCUUCAUAAAGAUAAAUCCGAUGAAAGACAAGCUUUAGUCAAUGAAGUUGAAGAAGAAAAUGAGGAGAAUCAUUCCUCCAAAAAAACAAAAAAUAAUCUUGUGUAUGUAAGUUUUAAUUUUAUAAACUCAAUUGUUGGUUCAGGCAUAAUUGGCAUGCCAUAUGCAAUUAAAAAAUCUGGAAUUGGGUUGGGUAUUAUAUUCUUGUUAUUGGUAGCUUUUAGCUCAGAUUAUAGUUUGGUUUUAUUAGUCAAAGGUGGGCAAUUGGCAGGAACUUCUAACUAUCAAGACCUAGUAUUAUCUUCAUUUGGAAAAAUUGGCUUCUUUAUUUUGUCAAUUAUACAGUUUAUAUAUCCAUUUAUUGCUAUAAUUAGUUAUAAUGUCAUAAUUGGGGACACUAUACCUAAAGUUCUAAGAAGAUUAGCCCAUGUUGAAAAUGAUAAUAUUCUAGGGAACCGAUAUUUUAUUGUUUUCCUGGCUUCUGUUCUUGUGACUUUGCCAUUAUCUUUAUCAAAAGAUAUUGGAAGACUUGCAAAGAUAUCCCUCGCUUCAUUAUGCUGUGUGCUAUUUUUAUUAAUUGUUAUAAUCUCAAGAGCUAUCACUCUCUCACCAUCAAUUCCAGCUACAAAAGAUGCUUGGAUCUUUGCAAAUAAUGGAAUCAUUGAAUCUUUAGGAAUAAUGGUGUUUGCUUUCAUGUGUCAUCACAAUUCGUUUUUGCUUUACGAUUCUCUGGACAACCCUACUCAAUCUAGAUGGAACUUAGUCACACAUUUUAGCGUCUUUAUAUCGGCGUUGGUCACUCUCAUGUUUGGCGUGAUUGGUUAUGUCAUAUUUACGGGAUACACCGAAGGAGAUAUAUUAGAAAAUUUUUGUAAAGACGAUGAUCUUAUCAAUAUCACGAGAUUUAUAUAUACGGUGACUAUUAUGUUAACUUAUCCAAUCGAAUGUUUCGUGUGUCGCGAGGUCAUCGAAAGAGUUUUAUUUUCUUACAAAACCUUUUCUUUACAACGCCAUAUAACGAUCACAGGUCUUAUUGUCUUGUUCGCCUUGUUGAUUUCAUAUAGCACGGAUUGUUUGGGAAUUGUCUUGGAAAUUAACGGUGUCAUAACCGCGACUCCUUUAGCUUUCAUUUUACCGGCAAUGUGUUACAUCAAAUUAUACAGGCGAUCAAGGUCCUUGAAUAAAGAUGUAAAUAUAAUAACCUCCGAAGAUACUAGCAACGAUAGCUCAAGUGGUUCUAGUCUAAUCUUUGCUUGGUGCACCUUGCUUUUUGGCGCUGCUAUUUUAGUAGUGGGAUUUAUUUCCAUAAUUAUUCAUCUCUAUAAAGGAGUUUUUUGCAGUCACGGGCAUGAAUUGUUUUAUUGCUUAAAAAAAUAAGCUUUGAGAUAAAAACGAAAAUUUUAAAAGUGCAAUCUAUCUAUCAUUUUUAAUAGACGAUUCUAUUCGACUUUAUUAAUUAUUCAAUUUUGAUAAAAUUUUAUCAUAUACCUCGAUAAAAGCAUAACAUUCCUUAAUUAAUCUUAUAUUUAGGGUUUUAUUUAUAGUCGUAAUCCUAUGUGCAAUUAACACCAUAAAUUAU